UGUCUUGUUAUUAUGAGAGAAGGGGGGCUCAGCACUCUGUGUUGACUGGUGGUCACGUGAUGUUUUAGGCCAGGUCACAUGAAAUCUGUAGUCAGGGGUCAGCAGGCUUAGUAUUGGAGGAAUUAGCCGUAUUGGGGUGUCUAUAGAGCCAACACGAUAAUUAAACAUUAGUUGAAGGCAAAACCAUUUACAAGGUAAGGCCAUUAAAUAGAUCAGCUAACCAAGGAUGGAGAAGAAUCGGAGUCACACCACAGAGAGGAUACUAAACCUCACCCUGGAGAUCAUCUACCUGCUGACCGGAGAGAAUUAUAUAGCUUUUAAGUUAGCGGAUGGUUUGGUGGCAACCAACAUGAAGAAGACACAGAGUCUCAAUAUAGACCCCCCAUCUCAAUCCAUAAGAAAGAACAACAAGAAGGUUGAAGAAGUCACCAAUGAAAUCAUUGAGCUGCUGACGGGAGAGGUUCCUAUAAGGUGUGAGGACAGCUCUGUGCCUUAUCCCAUGGAGGUGUGGGAGUAUAUAGAAGGACACAAGGUUUUCUGCAAGGACGUCAUGAUGGAGAAGCGGCCGCCCCUCACAUCACCGGAUGGAUCCAGUAAGAGAAAUCCCCCAGAGAGAUGUCCCCGUCCUCUGUAUUCCCAGAAUGUGGCACCAGAACGUAAGAAGAUCCUCCAGGAGUACAAGGUAACACUGGAAGUCAACCAGACUGAUCAAGGAACGGAAACUAUGGAUGAAUCAGAAGGGCCAUAUAUGAUGGGCGACGAGUCAUGUAAGGAGGAGGAAGAUCCUCCAGAGAUCAGCACAGACCCCGGAAACACCAGAACCACUCCCAAAUACAUUAAAGAUGAGGAGGAGGAGGAAGAGGAGGAAGAACUUGUGAGGAUUAAAGAGGAGGACGUUCCUGUAGAGAUCAGUAACGACGGACGAUACAUCGGGAACGAAUCCAUCACCUCUCCCGGCGACGAAACGGAAAACGACAACCUAACAGAGAAUUCUACAGAAGAAAAUGUAAUUACUCCGUAUCUUCACCCACAACUUUCCAGUGCAGAUCUGUUAUCUGAUCCCUCUACACAUGGGGGGAGUCUUACCCAACACUCACCUCCUGACACUCAAAACACAGAUCAUAGCGGUGGUCUAAUGUUCUCCUGUACUAUAUGUGGAAGAUUUUUCGCCCGGAAGGCAACACUCCUCUCUCACCAGGAAAUUCAUACAGCAGAAAAGCGUUAUUUGUGUUCUGUAUGCGGCAAAUGUUUUGCAACAAGUUCAGACCUUUCCACGCACCAGAAAAUCCACACGGCUGAGAAACCGUACCCUUGUCCUGAGUGCGGGAAGCGUUUCACCCAUUUAGGGACACUCCUCUCACACCAGAAAACGCACACUGGGGAGAAGCCGUAUUCAUGUUCGGAAUGCGGCAAAUCGUAUGCGCUGAGAACGGAUCUUUCUAGACACCAGAGACUUCACACGGGGAAGAAGCCUUAUUCAUGUUUAGAAUGCGGCAAAUGUUUCAUUAAGAGUUCAAAUCUUGUUAAUCACAUGAGGACUCAUACGGGGGAGAAGCCGUAUACGUGUUCGGAGUGCGGGAAAUGUUUUAGUCAGCAGUGCAAUCUGAAAUCACAUAAGAGAAUUCACACGGGGCAGAAGCCGUACGCCUGUUCGGAAUGUGAGAAAUGUUUUAGCAGGAGCUCAAGUCUUGUGAAGCACAUGAGAACUCACACUGGGGAGAAGCCGUAUGCAUGUUCAGAGUGUGGGAAAUGUUUUAGUCAGCAGAGCAAUCUCAAAUUACAUAAGAAAAUCCAUGCAGGGAAGAAGCCGUAUUCACGGUCGUAAUACAGAUUUUGUUUUUAUCACUCCAAGUACGGUAUUUGUUUUCACACGCACCGGGCCGAAGACAAAUUUAUGUUCGGAAUGACGGAAUUGUUUUGCAAAGGCUUUUGUUUACUGUGAAAGAACCUGCACGUGGGAGAAGCCUUAUUCGUAUUCGGAAUGUCGGAAUUCUUUCUCGCUCUCGGGGGUCAUACCUUCUCACCCAAUCUUCAUACUGGAGAGAAGCCGUAUUCGCGUUCAGAAUGAGGGAAAUGUUUUCUCACUAAAAACCAUCUUUAUCUUCCAACAGAGGAUUUGUACGGGUGCAAAACCAUAAUCAACAUCGGAAUGUGGGACAAAGCGCAAAACUUUGUAUCGUUUUUAACAGAGGCACAUCCAUCUAAGUACUGUAUGAUGGAGAGGUUAUCGUAGAAAAUCAUAUAUGUGUAAACAUGAGAAGAUCUAUACAAACUUUAAAGCAGAACUACAUGUAGACUAUCUAAGAAAUUGACCAUCACACCUAUAUAAACUCGUUGGGAAUGCCAUUCCAAAAUAUGGGCAUUACUAUGGAGUUUCUCCCCUUGUGGCUAGUACAGCCUCUGCCCUUUCAGAGUGUGUCUGUGAGAAUUGUGUCCAUUCAGCCAAAAAGAGCAUUUGUGAGAUCAAGCACUGAAUUUGGACCUGGUUUAUAGUUGAUAUUCUAGUUUAUCGCAAAGGUGAAGUAGGGUUAAGAACAGUAGAGUUCCUCCACAUGCAAUUUGUCAAACCAUGUCUAUAUGGAGGCGUUGCCAUAAGAUUGGAAGCAUGAAUUUGUCUAAAAUGUCUGCGAUUUUUUUUCCAAAGAGAAAUGUGUUUUUCAAUAUAGUUCAGGUGUCCCUAGGGUGUAGACACGGACCAAGUGACCUGCCGCUGAUGCUGCUGUCAACCCCCACAUCAAGGCAGAGGGCGGAUGAUAUGGCAGGUCUAAACGAGGAACAGGAGCUGCCCAACUUUCAAAAUUGCCAAGCGUGUGGUGGGUUGCUAAGAUGCGAGGUGGCCCUAGCAACCAAUUACUUGUUUGUUAACAUAAUGUUAACUUGUUUGUUAACAUAAACAUAACUUG